AUGAACGCGAAGGCCACCAGGCGAGGAGUCAAGAAGAGUCGUGGAGGCUGCUCCAGAUGCAAAUCGCAGCAUUUGAAAUGCGAUGAACGACGUCCUAAAUGUGGACGAUGCGAGCGCCUUGGUGUGAUUUGUCCAGGCUAUUCGCAGCCGUUGAAGUGGUCUACAAAGCACGAAGUCGUAGCUCAAGCAACGACGCCAGCAACAUAUCAAACUCCGGUGGAGACUCCGCAGGACAUACAAGAGCAUAGCUUUCCACUCUCUCCCGCUAUUGAUCUAUUGGAUUGGUCGAGAACUCCAUUUCCGUCUUCUUUGCCGCAGCAGGUAGCAGAGACCCAGCCUGAAAUCGCGCAAAACGAGCUCGAUCCAGCUCCAUUUGAGGCAUUCCCGGAACCCGGAUUUGAUUGGUCUCAGGCCCACCUGCCCUUCGAUCUCACGGAUCAUGAUCUGAAUAUGCAGCUCGUGCGACAAGACAGUCCUGAGGCACGAUCACAGCCAUUGUUGAGAUCUUUGGGUGCAAGAGUGCAGGAGACGACUUCAAGGAUCCAGAAUUCAAUCUUCCAUGAACCUUCGGAGCUGCUGUCCUACUACUUCAAAGUCGUGCCUCAACUCUAUUCUAUGUUUGACAGCUCCAAGAACCCAUUUCGCUCUGCUGUGUCGAACGCAUUCAACGACUCUUUAGCAGUCAAUUUGGCAGCUCAAGGCAUGGCGGCGGCAUGCCUAGUCGAAGUCCAUCCCCGCUUCUCUGCUAUUGGGACCCAACUACGGGAGCAAGCCUUGGAGGCAGUGAAGCAUGAAACGGACCAGGAGUACAAUGCAAUGCUGGCGCUCACGAUGUCUGGUCCCACUGGAAACUGGUUUAGGCCACAGGACCUAGACAUCACCUCAUAUCGCACUAUGAGGGAAAGGCUUGACACUUUGGCCGCAUCGGGCGCUGUUGGUGAGAAGUAUACGUGGUUCCGGGAAGCCCUCGUUCAGUGGGACAUGCUCCUGGCAUACGCUGCCGACGCGUCGACUCUGCCGCCCAGUAUCAGGCUGCCGCGCGCAAUCGGACUCCCUGGAAGAAAGCAAACAGUACAUCCUUGGAACGGAGUAGCGCGUGAGACGCUGGAGAUCCUCGGAGAAAUAGGACGAUUGGUACGAAGCAAUAGGACGCGACACCUCAACCAGACUUUCAUUACCCAGGCACAUAUCCACCAGAUGGCUCACGAUCUCCAACGAGCCCAAGACCUCGAACAUCGUCUCCUGGCGGUGCAGUAUCCUGCUAUUGACGAAAUUGCCAGUACCGAGGAUGAGAACACCCCGUUGUGGCAUGUCACCACCUUGGCUGAGCUACAGCGCUAUGCCGGGCUGUUGCAAUUGUACCAUGUCUUUCCCGACUUGCUAUCGGCAAGAUUAGAUGUGCAUCACUUGGAUUUGGACGACGCGCAAACGAUCUCCGCCUUGAAUCAGCAGCGGAGCCAAUGGCGGACUUCCUUCGCUCUUGAGGCGUUGCGCAUGCUUGAGACCAUUCCAUUCGAGACUGGCAUCAAAGACUUUCAGCCUUUCCUUCUUGUGGCUUUUGCAAGCGAAUUAGUCUGCGAGGGGGUCCAAAGCACCGAAUUUCAGCUGGAGAUACCUACUACAGACAGCAAUAUUAGUAAGGAGUUUGCUGAGGUUGCGAUGAUGCGAAAGUUCACGAUAGAUCGUCUCUCUUCUUUGCUCCGGACUAUACCGCCCAAGCCUAUUCGCAUAUGCCUUGACAUCGUAAAGGAAACCUGGAGACGAAUUGACAACGGUCAGCCGCAGGUCUACUGGCUGGAUGUUAUGAUCGAGAAUGGCUGGGAGACAAUUCUCGCUUGA